UCGAUUACACCAACAUAAGAUCUCUUGACAAAAAUCAUAACGUUUAUUGCUUAUAAAACGAAAUAUUUCCCAAUAAAGGCGCGGAGACUUGCUAUUAAAAUAUGGUGGGGAAAAUGGUGGCCAUUUAGUUGAGCAGCAGGCUGAUUUAUUUUUUAUUGUUCUGUCCCACGGUCACGUGUUUGGGGCGCCCUAUCCAAAGGUUCAACUUACUGGACGCAUUGAGCCCCUAGCUGGUGCAGGAAAGCAGCACAUUAUAUGCCAUGAAUCUGUUUUUUCUAAACAUUGCAAGACUGUACCGCGUUAUAUAGCCUAUUUUUUUUUUUUUGCUUUUGCAUUUUUUGCAAUGUCGGCGUUGGGAACAAGUUAUUAUGUUGAGUCGCCUGUUCUUCCCGAGCAGGAAGAUAUGGCACCGAGGUACUCGUCAGCUGCAGGGGUGGAGCAGGCGAUGCUCACCGAAUAUGGCGGACAGGAAUCUUGCACUUUGCAGGCGAAAUCUUCUAUUUUUGGUGGAUCUUGGAGUCCCAUCUCGUCCCACCCUCCGAACACAUCCACUCCGACCUAUAUACAUCACCAUUACACGAGCGGGGACAGCGAUGGCAUGUUUACGCGCUCCUGGACGUUGGAUCCGGUCUCUGCGUCCCUGUGUUUGACGGGCUUACCAUCGACAGCCAUGCAUUAUGAGAUAAAACCCGAGCCUGUGAUUGGGAGUGCUGAAUGUACAACUUUGGAGACGCACACACCUCUUUUGUCUGACAUUGAAAACGGUGCGUCCCUUGCGGAGCUUUCCUGCGAAACCACAUCCACGUCUAAAGCCACUGAAGAGAGUCCGUCAGCAGAGAACAAGAGGGAGAUUGAUGCAAAUAACCCAUCAUCCAACUGGCUUCACGCAAAGCCCACCAGAAAAAAGCGUUGUCCAUAUACAAAGCAUCAAAUCCUCGAACUGGAAAAGGAGUUUCUGUUUAACAUGUACCUUCCCCGGGAUCGUAGAUACGAAGUAGCACGAGUCCUGAGUUUGACCGAGAGACAGGUGAAAAUCUGGUUUCAGAACCGCAGGAUGAAGAUGAAGAAAGAAAACAAAGACCGGCGGAGAGACAGUUAACUGGUUUUGGACUGAUGGUGAAUUAGAGGGGGGAGGAGGGGGGGGUCUGUCUUUAAUAUUCCUGGCCUGCUACACAUGUUGUUGUAAAGUUUGUCUUGUUAAAACCAUGCUGGAUGUUUUUUUUUCUUAUCCAGUGUUUCCUGUUUGUGAAAGGACAAAGUGUAGAUGUGUUGUAUUUGGCGCACAGAAAUAGUUGACUGUGUCAUUUGUUAUUUGCAUGGAAUUAUCCUUGACUACCUGAAUGUUUUCAGCUACAAAUUUGCAUUGUUUAAGUUAUUGUUUUUGUAAAUCUAAAUGUCUUUUGUUUUGUAUAACCGUUUUGGGUUUUGAUCCAUUUGUGCACACUUCAGAUACCUCGUCGUUCCUGGUUUCAUCCAAAAUAAAGAGUAGUUUGUAUAGUACAUGA